GUUCUAGAGAAGUAGUUGCACGCACUUUAUUUUUCUCCUUGGAGUAUUCAUGACUGAAUGAAAGUUUAAAAAAAAGAAAAUGCCAAAUGUUGACAGUGUGAAAGUGGCAGUUCGAGUUCGACCUUUCAGUCAGAGGGAGAAGGAUGCAGGAAGUAAGUGUGUGAUUUCUAUGAACUCCAACAGCACAAGCAUAUAUGAUCCUAGGAAUCCAGGGCACACGAAAACCUUUACUUUCGAUCUGGCGUAUUGGUCUCAUAGUGGCUUUCUAAAGGACGAGAAUGGUAUGCUUGUUUCAGCAGGAUCCAACAGUUAUGCAGGCCAGAGAGAGGUCUUUCAUGAUCUUGGUGAAGGAGUGUUGGAGAACGCCUGGCAAGGUUACAAUGCCACUCUCUUAGCUUAUGGUCAGACCGGCUCAGGAAAGAGCUAUUCCAUGAUUGGAUAUGGUGCAAACAGAGGCAUAGUUCCAGUUGUGUGUGAAGAACUCUUCAAAGCAAUUCAGAAUCAGGAAGAGAACAAGCAAUACCAGAUUACUUUCAGUAUGCUGGAAAUUUAUAAUGAACAGGUAAUAGACUUACUCUCUAAGACAAGGAAACCUGGUGGGCUCAAGAUUAGAGAAGACCAGCAACAAGGUUUUUAUGUUGAUGGUCUGAAGCUGGUGCCUUGUGAUAAUUAUGCACAAAUUGAGAGGUUAAUGGAACAAGGAAAUAAGAUGAGAACAACAGCUACAACCACCAUGAAUGCUACCAGCAGUCGAUCUCACCUGGUCAUCACUCUUCAAUUCAAACAGAUUUUUCUAGACGAAGCAAUCACCAAACAGUCGGUUAUAAAUUUGGUGGACUUGGCGGGAAGUGAAAGGCAAAAAUCCUCAGGAUCUGAAAAAGACAGAUUGAAGGAAGGAACCCGUGUAAAUCUAAGUCUAACCACACUAGGAAAUGUCAUCAGUGCUCUGGCUGAGGUAGCUACUGGAAAAAAAGUAUUGCAUAUCCCGUACAGAGACUCAGUUCUUACUAAACUCCUGCAAUCUGCUCUGGGUGGAAACAGCAGAACGAUCAUGAUUGCAGCCGUAAGUCCAGCAGACAUCUGUUAUGAGGAAACUUUGUCAACCUUACGAUAUGCUGAGAGGACAAAAAAGAUCAGGAACAAAGCAGUGGUAAAUGCAAGUCCCACUGAGAAGCUUAUAAGAGAACUGAAGGCUGAAAAUAACAAACUGUUGUCCAGACUGGCUGGGCUCGGGAACACAGGGACAUUAGUAGCUGAUGAAAAACGGGUUUUGCCAUUUUACACGUACACACCUUGGUUAAAGGCGUCUCUCUGUUCAGAAGAGCUGCAGUGUUUGCUGGCUGAAAAUGAGCGGUGGAUUCAGAGCAUUCAGGUGGCAUGGGAGUCUCGGCUGGAGGAAGCCCGGGGGGAGUGGGAGCAGCAGUACGCUGCAGUCGCUCAGGAGAGACGCAUGAUGGAAACGUUCCCUUAUCUCUUGAAUAUCAAUGAAGACUCCCAGCUUUCAUGGGUUCUCAAGCACUUCAUUCAGGAUGGUUCUUGCGAUGUUGGUCAAUCUACCUCAAAUGCAAUAAUCCUAAAGGGCUUAGGCAUUUUGGACAAACACGCUACAUUUACAAAUGCUGAUGGCAAAGUUACGUUAACACCACAAGAUAAGUGCAAAGCCAUUGUGAAUGGUGUGCCCAUCACUGGGAAAACAAAGCUACAGCACUUGGAUCGUGUUAUUUUGGGAUCAAACAGUGCUUUCCUGUAUGUUGGGCCACCUGCAGAACGAACAGAUGAAGACCUGAGCAGAUAUGAUUACGAUUUCUUUCAGUCAGAGUUGGCAGCAGCAGAAGGUUUUAGUGUAGAUAAACUUGGUGCCGCCAGCAGUAAGGAGAGCAGAGCAGAUCCCGGCAUCCUUGCUGUAUUCCAUGAUUAUAUCAAGCUCAUGCCUCUGGUAGCUGAAGUAAAUCAGAUGAGUGAGGAGCUGAAGAAGGACCUCACAUUUGAACUGAAGGUGAAAAAUCUAGCCUCAUCAGACUCCAGAGGAUAUGAUCUACAAAAGGAAAUAAUAGUAAAAGUGACACACGUAACGACUAAUCAGGUGUGGGUAUGGUCAAAGGCCAAGUUCAUUAAUAGGAAGUUCCUAAUGGAAGAGCUUUACCAGCGUUUUCAGGAAGGCGAGGACACACGUGUGAACCAGGACAGUGAUCCAUUCUGGGACCCGGUGGAGGUUGUUCAUUUGGGGUCUGCUCACAUCUGGCUUCAGUCACUGGCAUACUGCGUGCAGCUAGAGGAGCAGACCGAGGUUCUGAAUUCGGAGGGGCUGGAGGAGGCUGUCGUGCUAAUAAACCUGUCUCCGUGCUCCAGAGACAGGAGAAUCCUUGGGGAAGACGAUAUGAUCAUUGAUCCUUUGGAGCUGCUGGGAAGAAGGGUUGAUUUCCAGAUUCACAUCGUAGAGUGCCUUGGAGUCAAAUGGCUGCAAGAUGCUGUGGGAAGAGGCAUCCAGAUAGGGUAUAGAGUUUAUGAUCUUCCGCGGUCCUUAUAUACAAAGCCUGUCUGGAAAAAUGUGAAUCCAAAGAUAGAAGAAACAGUCCACUUUUCAGCUCUAAAUGCAUCCUAUGAAUUUUUGAAUUAUUUACAGAAAAACGCUUUAAUUGUUGAUUUGUGGGGACUUCAAGAAGGUUGCACAGAGAUGGACUACUCCCUAAACGGUCUUCUGCUCACACCUGAGGGCACCAUUAUGAUUGACAAUCCUAAAGCUCUGAUGGCAAAUGAUGCUGCUCUGAAUACAGCCAACCACAUGUCCAAACUGUACCGGAAGCUGCUGCACAUGGAAGAAGAGACUGAGCUGCUGAGAGAGAUCAAUAGAGCUUUAAGAGAAGAAAAUUUGCUUCUUAAGGACAAGCUGAAGUGGGACACAAGCCACCACAAAAAGAUGAAAUCAGAGUCACCUAAGAUGAUGAAACAGUCUCUGUCAUUGAGAGAAUCUGAAGCAAUGCACAGUCCUCGGACCAGCUGCGAUGCAGAAUUUGCUAAGGCCCUUAAGAUCUUCUAUCAAAACAUGAAUGUACAGGAAGAUAAUCUGCAGAUACUACGUCUUUUUACAGAGAGACAGUCACAGCUGAUAAACGAUUUUGGGAAACAACUUGAGUCUACCAUUUGCAAGCUUAAAAGUGAUGUUGCUGCUAUAGUUAAGAAGAAGCGGGAAUACACAGCAUAUAGCAAAUCUUGA